UUCGUAUGGUUUAUGUGAAAAAAAUGAUAAUUAUCGGAUCCUAAAUUUUUGUUCAGUAGCAAUAAACCAUAGAAAACAUUCAAUUUCAAAUAGGAUAGAUGACUUUAUGGAUAAUAAAUUUGCAAGUUAAAUAUUUGUUCUAGUUUCCUUAAUUAUAGAAAAGGAGUAUGUAACCUAUUACACGGUUUUGAUGAUAUCUUGCAGCAGUUUCAGUUGCAGGUUUGUCAUUUGAGAAAGUUUCACAAAUUCAAAGGUUCAGAUAAGUGUUAUAUAUAUCUGAUACUUCUCUAACGAUGUCAGGCUUUCCUGCUACAACUUGUGAAACAUCAUAUUUCAGAAACAUAAAUCAAAUAUACUAUCUAGAUGCUCAAGGGCAAUUAGCUGCUGAAGAGGAGCUUUCUGCAGAAGAGAGUUUUGCUGUUUAUUGCAAGCCUGUGGAAUUCUACAACAUUCUUCGGCGACGUGCUUUACGAAAUCCUACAUUUCUUCAGAGAUGUUUGGACUAUAAGAUAGAGGCCAAGAAAAAAAAGAGGAUACAAUUGACAGCUUUGCUGGGUGAUAUAGAUGAAACUCAAGCUUUGUUUCCCUUGUAUAUUUGUCUAGCAAGGGUGGCUUUUAAAGAUGAGGAUGCCAAGAAGUAUUCUGCUUUAUAUCGCAUUGGUCGGGUUUUCAUCUUUCAAGCUCCUUCUGAAGUUGAUGGUGAUACUCAACAAAAAGCAAACUUUUUGCUCCCUGACAUUCAGAGACUAGCUCUGACAGCUAAAUCCGGGUCACUUGUUCUCUUAUUUUUCACAGCCGUGGAGAACCCAAAUUUUCCAUCUGGGGUCAAUGUAAGCCUGGUGCCUUUAGAUCCGAAUUCAUCUGAAUGUGAGAUAUGCUUUUAUUGCUUAUAUAUGAAAUGUAAAAAUUUCGUUGCAAAUGACCAUAUUGUUGUUACCUUGCUGUUAGUUGAACCAAGGUUGUGA